AUGGCUGGUGAUCCAGACGAUAAUGACAGAUACAAAAUAGUCUUGUCUAAUGGCACGUAUAUGCAGUUGGCCAUUUUGCCACCUAAGUAUGCUGACUUAUUACAUGCGGAGACGUUGAAGAUAGGUUCUCUCCUUUUGUUGACAAACUAUGCUUGUCGAUAUGUUUGGAACACAAGGACCAUCAUUAUAUUCACUCUAGAUGUCAAAAAAACGAAUUGUGAUUUGGUUGGAAAACCCAGAUACCUCUUUAAAGAACAGGAAGAACAAAUGUUGGGCCGAGAAACCCCGCCAUCCACUAAACGUUCUCUUAAAUUCGGUGUAGAUCUGCCUUCUCCACAAUAUGCUCCCUCUGAAAAUAUCAGCCCUAUUAAAAGCUUGAACACUUUCCAAAACAAUUGGACAAUAAAAGGUCGAGUCACAAAUAAGAGGAAAAUGCAUAAAUAUAAUAUGGCAAAACACAAUGGCCAAGUUUUUAGUUUUGAUAUUAUAGACGAAGAGGGUUGUGAAAUUAGAAUUACUUCCUUUGAUGAAAUAGCAAACUUGCACUAUCAUCGAGUUGAAAAAGGAACUUCAUAUGCUGUUUCCAAAGGUUCUGUAAAAGAUGCAAACACAGUAUACAAUAAGCUUAACAACCACCUUGAGAUUAUCUUGACUGAAACUUCAGUUUUGAAGCGGUGUGCCCCUGAUUCUGUUGAGCCAGGGAAAAAAACCCACUUCACCCCUAUUGAUGAAGUUCUCACCAACACCAACAAUACUUUGGUUGAUGUUAUUGGUGUUGUUGUCAAUGUCGGAGAGAUUCCUGUAAUUCAUAGAAAGGAUGGAUCUAUUGUAAACAAGAGAAUAGUAAAAAUAAAUGAUAUGUCAACUUUGACAAUUGAUGUUAACCUUUGGGGGCCGCCAUCAAAACAACUAGGCAAUGACUUGAAGAAUAUGCAUGCAUCUGGAAUAUUUGUCAUCCUUGCUGUUCAAAAUACAAGGGUUGGGUAUUUCAAUGGAAAAGUUAUUUAUAUUUCAGCGUCAACAACUUUCGAAAUUAACCCUUCCAUUCCUGAAGCAGACCCCCUCCGUUUAAGAGGCCCUAUCCAACAAUGCCUUGAUUCACACUCUUUGGAUGUGCAUGCCAAAAAUAACCAGUACCAGAGAAUGUCCAUUGCAUCCAUCCUUCAACGUCUUAGCAUUGUGCCAGAAACCAUUGAGACUACUAUUACAGCUGUCCUGCGAUUCAUAAAGGGGGACCAAUUUUAUUAUACAGCUUGCCCAUUACAAUUCAAAGGUAAAGAAUGUAAAAAUAAAUGUAGUAAACUAGUUGAGAAUUUGUGGCUUUGCCCUAGGUGUCAAACACAAUUCCCUGAAUGUAAUUACAAAUACCUCCUACAGAUGAAGCUACAAGAUCAAACAGGCAUUGUUUGGGCUAGUGCAUUUGAUGAGGUUGGUACAGAACUCUUGGCUCUAUCUGCAAAGGAAUUAUACAUGUUGCAAUAUGAAUUAACAACAAAAAAAACACCUCGUAGCAUACUUAAUGAAGCUAUGUUCAACUACUAUAGUUUUACAAUUUUGGUGUCUACUGACACAUACAACUUUGAGCGUAGAAUAAAAGUAACAAUCAAGAAAGUGCAGCUACUUGCUUGCAGAGAUUGCCCGAAUGGGUUCAAUGUUAUGGACGCAUUGAGUUACAAAAUUCAACAUGACCGUUACUACAGUGAUGUUAUCAUUGACGUUGCAACUGCUAAAUUAUUGCCGCUGACAACUACCGAUGUAUCUGAUUUUUUGCAUACCCUCCCAAAUUUCAUUGAUCCUCAGCCUCCUUUGCCAACACAAGACCCACUCUACAAUGUUGAUGAAGUUGAAUUGCAACCCACAUCAUCAUUCAUUCCAAAGUUGUCGUGUUCAACCGCUGAACUAGAUGCCAUUAAAAAGAUGUUGCACCUAGAUAAGGAUGAUCAAAAUGUUGCAGCUUGGCCUUAA